AUGCUUUUACCGGUAUUAAUAUUGCUUCUGAUUAAUCCCCGAUAUACAACUGCAAAACACAAGGGCAGUACAGAUAAAAAGAGCAAUACCAAUGAGUACAGUGUACAUAAUCACGAUUAUGAAAAGAAAAAAAACUCAAUUGUUGACAAGGAUUCACAUGCUGAGCAAACAAAUAAAGUUAGUCAUUUCAAACAUAACACUGUGCCGUAUGACAAGACAACGCGAGAUAAACGAGGAUCCCAAAAACAUUAUCGAAGUCAGGUACAGCCACAGGAGCAAGCAGGAACUGUGUCACAAUCACAAUCACAAUCACAAUACCAACCGUUAAAGCAAUAUCAAAAGAAGAAAACCAUCAAAAUAUUCCAAAGUAAGACACAACAACGGCACAAAAAACAUACCCACGGCGAUAGUGGUAUUUAUCAUCAACACCAUCAAAGUGACGAACCUAAGGUGUACCAUACAUUUGAAGAAUCACAUGAGCAUAUGGUUGAUGGACCACAUCAGGAACAGUAUCACAGCGCCGAGCUUCAGACUCAUCAAGCCGAUGAACAUAUCAAAUCUCCGGUUGAACAGCAUAAAUUCGAAGAAACAGGUGACGAAGGAAACAAUGAGGAAGUACAUCAUGUCAACCACGAAGAGCACGAAAAAAUUAAAAUAAAACACCACCAUCACCAUCAUCAUCAUAAUCAUAUAAAAGAAAUAAUUAAAAAAGUACCAGAGCCCUAUCCGGUUGAAAAAAUUGUUCAUGUUCCUGUAGAAAAAAUCAUUGAGAAGAUUGUUCAUGUACCUAAGCCAUAUCCAGUGGAAAAAAUAGUUGAAACAGUUGUUAAGGUGCCAGUAGAGAAAGUUGUGCACGUGCCUAAACCAUAUCCAGUGGAAAAAAUUAUCGAAAAAAAGGUACCAUAUCCGGUAGAGAAAGUAGUGCAUGUUCCAGUGGAAAAGAUAGUAGAGAAAAUUGUUGAGAAAAAAAUUCCUUAUCCCGUAGAAAAAGUAGUGCACGUUCCAGUAGAAAAGAUAGUUGAAAAAAUAAUCCACGUUCCGAAGCCGUAUCCAGUAGAAAAGAUUAUUGAGAAAGUGGUACAUGUUCCAGUUGAAAAAAUAGUCCAUGUACCAAAACCAUAUGCUGUUGAAAAAAUUGUGAGUAAAAUUGUACAUGUUCCUAAACCUUACCCAGUUGUGAAGCCAGUACCGUAUCCAGUAGAAGUAAAAGUUCCAAUUGCUGUAGAGAAAAAAAUUCCAGUACCUUAUAAAAUUGAAGUUGAAAAGAAAAUAGCUGUACCAUACAAAGUGGAAGUUGAGAAAAAAGUGCCGGUGUAUGUGCACACACAGGAACCAUAUAAGUUCGAAUUACCACAACAUGAAUAUCAACAUGGUGAUCCUCACGAGCACCAUAAGGAUUAUGCCGUCAAUUCUGAAUAUGAGCAUCAUAAACAUUAUAAUGAACAUGAACAAAGUGGGUAUAAAAAAUUCAAUGACCAACAACAAAAACAUGAAGGCGGGGACUUAGCCAGCUACGCAACAAAUUUCAACACAAAUUUUAAUAUAAAUCAACAUAAACAAACGGAAGCAGUACGUCAUGCACAUAACAAAGCCACAAAUCUCAUCCGUUCAGCACAGUUGUACCAACAACAAUCCAAAAAGUCUAAAAUCACUCAAAAGGGAAAUAAUGGCGUUUAUGAACAGUCUACAUUGGAGAGCAUUAACGCGCCCAUAGGCAAACCAUUUCAAAUUCACGUACCAGAUGAACCAUUAGCUGAAAGUGCUAAUAAUAAUCCAGAAUAUUUUGUGCAUGCUCCUAUAGCACUGCCUAUACAAAUUAUUCACCUCCAGCCCACGCCAUUUCAAAAAACAUUAGCGUUAUCUAUGCCCUCUUAA